AUGGCCCAAGACAUCAAUGUCAUGCUGUAUGGGCUUGGAGCGAUCGGAUCGUUUUACGCCUUCAUCUUGGGCCGCGCGAAACGUGUCCGUCUAACUGUGGUGGCACGUUCCAACUAUGAGGCUGUCAAGAAAGAUGGUCUGCACAUCAAAAGCAUGAACCAUGGCGAUCAUAUCGUGCACCCUGCCAAAGUGGUCAGGACGCCAGCCGAAGCUGGCAACACUUACGAUUACAUUGUGUGCGCGCACAAGGCCAUCGAGCAAGCUUCAACAACCAAGCAACUGGCCCCUGCCGUUGACGAAAGCAAGACUUGUAUCGUGAUCAUUCAGAAUGGCGUCGGAAACGAAGACCCAUUCCGGGAAGCAUUCCCCAAGUCCCCCAUCUUGAGCUGCGUGACAUGGGUUGGUGCCAGCCAAAACACCCCAGGAAUCGUGAACCACUGGAAGUCGGAGAACACGCAGAUCGGAAUCUUUCGAAACGAGGCACUCGAAGCGGCCAAUGAACGAGCCCGACUGGACGAGUUCACGGCGCUGUUGCGUGAAGGCCAGACCCCGUUCUCAGUCGAGGAAAACAUCCAGAUCCAACGUUGGGAGAAAGUCAUCUGGAACGUGGCGUGGAAUUCGCUGACGACGCUCACGAUGCUAGACACCCACUCGUGGCUGAAGUCGUCGCCCAAUGCCACGCCCAUGACGCGAAACCUCAUGCGCGAGGUCAUCGACGUGGGGAGGAAGUGCGGCGUGCCACUCAAGUACGAGUUGAUUGACGAGUUCAUCGACAAGAUCCUCGACAUGCAGCCGAUUGGUAGUAGCAUGCAGACGGAUUGCAAGAUGGGGAGACCCAUGGAGGUGGAGGUUAUCUUGGGGACUCCGGUGCGCAAGGGGAGGGAACUAGGAGUCCCGAUCCCGACUCUGGAGGUGCUCCAUACCCUGUUGGUAGCUGUGAACUCUCGGAUGAAGCCCAGUCCGUCUUGA